AUGUGGAGGCGAAGAACAUAUCUGCUGCUCCUGCUGGUGCGCGUCUACUUUGCUCUCUCUCCAAGCUAUAUUCACCCAGAUGAGAACUUCCAGGGCCCGGAGCUGUUUGCUGGCCGUCUGUUCUCCUAUCCGUCGCUGUUGACAUGGGAAUUCACCUCCGAAAAUCCGAUACGCAGCAUCUUCCCGCUAUGGCUCGUCUACGGCCUUCCGAUGACGCUGCUCAAGUGGCUGUGGGCAGAGAACGGGAAUGGCAACCCGCCGCCGCAACUGAUAUACUAUGUCCUGCGCUUUACCAUGUUCCUGCUCAGUCUCAUACUGGAGGACUGGGCGAUACAUGAGCUGGUCCCGAAUCCGCGACGGAGGCGACAGGCCGUGGUUCUGGUUGCAUCGUCCUAUGUCACUUGGACGUACCAGACGCAUACGUUCUCCAACUCCCUCGAGACGCUGCUAGUUCUAUGGAGUUUGGUCUUGAUCCAGCGCAUCGUGGAGAAUAAGCAUCGGUCAUCCGUCUUUACAUGCGCAUUCCUCUCUCUUGUCGCUGUCAUUGGGGUUUUUAACAGGAUUACUUUUCCAGCUUUCAUCAUGAUACCCGCACUUCAAUUAGUGCCCCAUUUUAUUAACAAGCCUUUUUCAUUCAUUUCUCUUGCAUUCUUUGGGCUUUUAUUUUCCUUCUUCGCCGUUGCAAUUGAUACCACCUUCUAUACCUCCCCCGAGACCUUUUCCGGCUUCAUCAGCCACCCAAUAAUCACUCCUCUCAACAACCUGCUCUACAACUCUGACACAUCCAAUCUGGCCAGCCAUGGCCUACACGCCCGAUAUCAGCAUUUCCUAGUCAACCUCCCACUACUCCUCGGGCCAGCGUACGUCGUAUCCAUCUGGUCCGUCCUCACCAAGGGAGCGACGUCGCCUACUUUCAACCUGCGAAAUAUACGUGCAUACUCCGCCAUAUGCGGAGCAGCCGUGAUCUCUAUAUUCCCUCACCAGGAAGCUCGAUUCCUGAUGCCUUGCGUUCCUCUGCUGCUCACCUGCUUCAGGCCUCCAAGAUCACGCACGUUCCUAGCUGCGUGGAUACUAUUUAACUGUACCCUUGGCGCUCUGAUGGGUAUAUACCAUCAAGGUGGCGUGGUUCCAGCACAGGUACACAUCCCAGCUCUGCUCGCGGAGUCAGUACCUCCACUAGAAACUCCCGGAGCCAACCGAACAGUGACGGUGUUAUGGUGGAAGUCAUAUUCGCCGCCUCUCUGGCUACUAGGGGAUGACGGGAGUGAGUUCUCGAUCGUAACGCGAGAUCUAAAAGGCAUACCGAGGCCAGAAUUCCAUCAAGAGGCUAUAAGGGCAGUACCCAAGUGUGUGGCGGACACGAACCCAUUUGAAUUCUCGCAUGGUGUCCCGAAGAUAAAGAUAGAUGGCGACCUUACGCUCCUCGUUGCGCCUAGGUCGAAUCCCUAUCUUGAUCAAUUCAUCGUCCCUGACGGCGGCGUCGAUGAAGCAGCCGAUACCAAACGCGAUCUCAGACUACAUAAACUGUGGCAGUAUGAUCGACACAUUAACAUGGACGAUUUUGACCCUGGUGAUGAUGGGUUAAUCGGCGCUUUGACGCAGGUAUUUGGCAGAUAUGGUUUAGCUGUUUGGCUUGUUACUCGACCAUGCUAA